AGAAGUUCGGGAGUCAUUUUCAGCAACGCAACAAUGGACCUCGAACAACGAAUCAAGGCUUACCGCUUUGUGGCCUAUUCGGCAGUCGCUUUUUCGGUGGUUGCUGUGAUUUCCGUCUCUGUGACUCUGCCGAUGGUGUACAACUAUGUUCAUCACGUCAAGCGAUCCAUGCAAACUGAAAUCAACUUCUGUAAGGGCUCCGCAAAAGAUAUCUGGACAGAGGUGAACCAUCUGAAAUCAAUCCCCGCCAGCCGUAACCGUACAGCACGUCAAGCUGGUUACGACGCAGGUGUCAAUGGAGGAGGAUCUGAAGCAUCUGGUGCACCCGGUAACUGUGAAGCUUGUUGUCUUCCUGGAGCAGCCGGGCCUGCUGGAACUCCCGGAAAACCUGGUCGCCCAGGAAAGGCCGGAGCCCCAGGACUCCCUGGUAACCCAGGACGGCCACCACAGCAACCAUGUGAGCCAAUUACCCCACCACCAUGCAAACCCUGUCCCCAGGGACCAGCUGGACCACCAGGGCCACCAGGACCAGCUGGGGAUGCUGGAUCCGACGGGAGCCCUGGAGCACCGGGAAGCGAUGGGCAACCGGGAGCAGCUGGAGACAAGGGGCCUGCCGGGCCAAAUGGAAACCCAGGAGCACCGGGAUCCCCUGGAAAACCGGGAGAAGAUGGAAAAUCCGAGCCAAUCACCCCAGGAGCACCAGGACCUGCUGGACCACCAGGACCACAAGGACCACCGGGAGCCCCCGGACAGCCAGGACACGAUGGUCAACCAGGGACACCUGGACCAAAGGGACCAAAUGGAAAUCCAGGUGCUCCGGGAGCCGAUGGAAAUCCUGGAACACCAGGAGUUGCUGGAGUCGCUGGAAGUGGUGGAGAGAAGGGAGUAUGUCCGAAAUAUUGUGCCAUCGAUGGAGGUGUCUUCUUUGAGGAUGGAAGUCGGCGUUAAAUGUUCGUUUUCGAGAAAUAAAUCAUUUAAUUUUC